GACUUUGCGCGCAGCAGGGAGCCGGCCGGCUGCUACCGGCCAGCCCUUGUUUCCAAUGUAUGUAGUGUCCGCAGACCUCAUAAUGUCCAUGCAGGAUCUCAGGCCACAUGAGGAGUUGCUGGCGGAUGACUUGCUAGAAGAGUUUCAUGAGUCCAAGGGGAAUGUCAUGUUUGUGUCGCACCAGUGGGCUGGCCUUGAUCACCCAGACCCUAAUUUCGAGCAGUUCAAGGUACUGCAGGAUGCAUUGAAGAAUGCAAAAGUUGGAGCGACAACCAUCUCUGGCAAUGUGAGCGUCGAGAUAUACGCAGGACAGCAGAGCUAUGUUUCUCCGAAGGAGUUCUCGUCCAAGCCGCUGUUCGUUUGGUAUGAUUUCUUUUGCUGCCCACAGUCGCACGAUGGCGCUGCCAACCGCAAGCUGGCCAUUGAUAGCAUUCCUGUAUAUGUGGACACUUGCAAGUACUUUGUCAUUCUCUGUCCACAUGUCCACCAUGCCCAGCGCGGAGAACUGCUAAGUCGGGGCAGCUGGGAACGCCGAGGGUGGUGCAGGUUGGAACGCGUGACUCGGGCUCUCAGUGCCAAGGCGGACGCGCACCUUUCAAUAGAGAUGCACAGUGCAGCUCGCCAAGAGAUGUCCCUGUCUUUUGCGUGGGUCCGGACUCCUGUAGGAGAAGGGCAGUUCACUGUGCAAUCGGACCGGGAGAAGAUUGCGGUGCUUUUGAAAAACAUGAUUCAAAAGAAGCUGCAAUUCUACCUGGUGGAGCGGGAUUUUCACAGCUAUCGCAUGAUUCUAAACCUGCAGCGAGUGCUUCUUAGAAGCCUCCCUGUGACUCCGAUAGAGUCAUUAAUCCCUGGCUUUGAUUCUGACUCGAAUGAUCCGGCCGCGUUUGCCGCAGCCAAUUUCAUGUACCAGAAUGGCUUUGAGUCUAUUCAUGAGCGGGAUGAAGCUGGUUGGACUCCCAUCUGCUAUGCCGCGCUGGACGGCAGCCCGAUGCUCAUCACCACCCUUCUUGAGCAAAGGGCCGAUGUCAAUGACAUGAUUAUGAAGAUGGAGCCUUUGUCCCAGUUUGCUCCACACACACCACUGCUUCAUAUUUGUUCUUUCUGGACGAACAAUGACGCUAUCAAAGUGCUGCUGUCCAAUCGGGCAGACGUCAAUGCAAAGGAUGGUUACGGAGCAACCGCUCUUCUUUGGACAGCCAUUUCCAACAACGUGGAAGGCCUCAAGCUUCUUAUCUCUGCUGGUUGUGAUCCAAAACAGGCAAAUGUUCUUGGCUACUGCCCUUUCAUCAUGGCAAGUGCUGCAGGUUCCGUGGAAACAAUGAGGGAGCUGCUUCAAGUGAGUCCUCGGCAAGAGGUAGAUCGUGCUCUGCAUGCUGCGUUGCUUCAUGGAGAUGGUGGAACGGCUGCGGUUGUUUCGACCUUGAUCCAUGCAGGAGCCGAUGUGGACCACCAACUGAGCACGCCUCUCCUCAGCCCUUUGGGUGUCAUGUUUGCUGGCUUGAGCUUGCGACACCGCUGGAAGCAGUCCAUCUUGAGCGCGUAUGCCUAUCACCACUACAAGGCCACACCUUUGAUGUGCAGUAUUCUCACGAGUUCUUUUGAGGCUACGGCUGUUUUGCUGGCAGCUGGUGCGAAGAUUGACGUCAGGAACGCGCGUGGGAGUACCGCAGCAGAUCUUGCAAUGGAAACUGCAGCGCCAGACUACAUUGUGUCGGCUCUGCAGGAGGAUGGGGUUGCAAGGCAGAACAUGGUGAUGGAGUUUGCCGACCUGGUGCCUGAUUUCAGGAUUUUUUCAAGCUAUGUCUGA